GGGACCCCCACGAGCCUCACUGCCCCUUGGGCCCCCCUGUACUUGUCCGACGGCACCGAUCCAGGGACAACGGGGGGGGCUCACCGUGUCCCCCUCCCCGAAAACCAGUGGCUGCCCGCAUUCCGCCGUGGCACCCGGUGUGAAUCCCGGCACCACCGGCGCUUUCCCAUCCCGGAGGCGCAGAGCACUCCCCUCGCCCCUCGCCGGGCGGCCGUAACCUUUGCCAUGCAGCCGCCGGCUCCUCCUGCCCGGCGCGGUCUCCAUGGGAGCGCGCUGGGUUGCUAAGCCGUCCGGUGGAGUGCUUGCCACCGCGGGCAGCGCAUCGAGCCGUUGAUAUGACAACUGGAGCGGGGACACGGGCGUGGUGCUCCGCAUGACGGGGCCGAGCCUCGCCGCCGCACCGGGACUUUCCCGCCGGCCGGACAACCCCACCGGGGUGCGCUCCUGACCCAAACCCACCCGAAGGACCUCCCCGGUGGAAGGAAGCGAGUGCGGAGAGCGUGAGCGGUGCGGAGGAUGCGGGGCGAGAGCGCUGAGCCCGCCGGGGCGCCGGGCCCCUCUCCCUGCCCCUGCGCUUGAGGGGCCGGAGGUCGGGGGGGAGCGGGACCCCCCUCCGUGGGUGCUGCAGAGGCGUCGGAUGAGAUAAAGCGGCGAAAGUGGAGCAUCCUCCGGCGGUGCGAGGCACGGAGCAGCGCAGCGCCGGCAGCACGCCCGGCGGGACGGGGAACGGGGCUUGCUUCCCGGGCCAGGCGCUGCUGCUCGGCCCCCACGGCUGCCCCCAUGCUGGAUCACAGAGCCAGGAUGGAGAGCGGCAGGAGGGAGAAGGUGGAGCAGAUCCUGUCAGAGUUCCGGCUGAAGGAGGAGGACCUGAAGAAGGUGAUGUACCGGAUGCAGAAGGAGAUGGACCGAGGGCUGAAGCUGGAGACGCACGAGGAAGCCUCUGUCAAAAUGCUGCCCACCUACGUCCGCUCCACACCCGAGGGCUCAGAGGUUGGAGAUUUCCUGUCACUAGACCUUGGAGGCACCAAUUUCCGUGUGAUGCUGGUGAAGGUGGGCGAGGGGGAGGAAGGGCAGUGGAAGGUGAAGACGAAGCACCAGAUGUAUUCCAUCCCAGAGGAUGCCAUGACGGGAACAGCCGAGAUGCUCUUCGACUACAUCUCCGAGUGUAUCUCCGACUUCCUGGACAAGCACCAGAUGAAGCACAAAAAGCUGCCGCUGGGCUUCACCUUCUCCUUCCCUGUGCGGCACGAGGACAUCGACAAGGGCAUCCUCCUGAACUGGACCAAGGGCUUCAAAGCCUCCGGCGCAGAAGGGAACAACGUGGUCGGGCUCCUGAGAGAUGCCAUCAAACGCCGCGGGGACUUCGAGAUGGACGUGGUGGCGAUGGUGAAUGACACGGUGGCCACGAUGAUCUCCUGCUACUACGAAGAUCACCGGUGCGAGGUUGGGAUGAUUGUGGGAACGGGCUGUAACGCCUGUUACAUGGAGGAGAUGCAGAACGUGGAGCUGGUGGAGGGCGACGAGGGCCGGAUGUGUGUCAACACGGAGUGGGGAGCCUUCGGCGCCUCGGGGGAGCUGGACGAGUUCCUGCUGGAGUACGACCGCGUGGUGGAUGAGACCUCACUUAACCCCGCCUGUGACCCCCUUCCCAGCUAUGAGAAGAUCAUCGGGGGGAAGUACAUGGGGGAGAUCGUGCGGUUGGUGCUGCUGAAGCUGGUGGAUGAGAACCUGCUCUUCAACGGGGAAGCCUCUGAGAAGCUCAAGACCCGCGGGACCUUCGAGACCCGCUUCAUGUCCCAGAUCGAGAGCGACUCAGAUGACCGCAAGCAGAUCUACAACAUCCUGACCUCCUUCGAGCUGCUGCCCUCGAGGACGGACUGCGACAUCGUGCGCAUGGUGUGCGAGAGCGUGUCCACGCGCGCGGCACAGAUGUGCUCGGCCGGGCUGGCCGGGGUCAUCAACCGCAUGCGGGAGAGCCGCAGCCAGGACACCCUCAAGAUCACCGUCGGUGUCGACGGCUCCGUCUACAAGCUCCAUCCCAGCUUCAAGGACCGGUUCCAUGCCACGGUGCGGCAGCUGACGCCCGGCUGCGACAUCACCUUCAUCCAGUCGGAGGAGGGCAGCGGGCGCGGGGCCGCGCUCAUCUCCGCCGUCGCCUGCAAGAUGGCCUGCAUGAUGGGGCAGUGAGAGAGGACUCGGGCAGCAGCAGCAUGAGGAUGAUGAUGAUGAUGAUG